AGUGCUCGCGAGGUGCGGAGCCAGGCCGUCGUGCGUUCCUUGUGUCCGUUCGUUCGUUCGUUCGAUUGUUAGUCGAUUGGUUGGCUGGUUGUUUCUUGGUUGUUUUGUUUUUUUUUGGUUAAAUUUUUAUUUAAACAAUAUAUAUAAAUAAUCUGUGCGAGAUUAACGAGAACGUAGUACAUAGUUUCAAGUGGGUUCACCGCUUCUUCGUUACAUACUUCCUUACUCCUGUCGCGCGAACGUCGUGUUUUUAAUACCUGUUUUCAAAUCUAACUCCGCAGUCUCGGCGUUACGUGUGAGACCGUGUUUUGUUUCGCUUUUCCGUUUUAUUUUCGCCCCUCCACACCUGCCCCGCUUUCAUUUGCUCUUCCAUUCCGUCGAAAGUGUGCAUUAAACAAAAGUGACCGUCAUAGAGCGUUGCGUGACGUUCGGGACAGAAGCGGGUCGAGAAGCGGAAUUCGAGUGCGGAAAAGAGAAAUAGAGAGAAGGAUUAAACUAGUGGAGGGGAGAAAGUGAUGAGAUUAAUUAAUAAUUCGAAGUAUAGAGGAUAACGUAACAUAAAGAAUAACUGUAAUAAACGUCAAGGAAGCACAAUCUCGCGUACAGAAUACCCGCUUGUCUACAUAUAUCUACACACUCGCGUUCACUCGCAUACACACGCACACACACCCGCGCGCGCGUAAAAGGAGUAAACUAACAACAAAACGCUCGUUCGAUUUCCCGGAAUAGUGAAAAAGUGAAAGAUAAGGGAACGAAUUGCGGCCACGAGUCAACUUGCUGUGUUAGACAAAAGAAGAAUAAUUCAGUCCUUGACGGACGGGAUAAAAUAGAAAUAACGAUAAAAGUGACGGGAAGAGAAUUUACGGAAGCCGCAUCGACAGUGCCAGGGUAAUCUCAAAAUCACGGAAAUAUGAGCAUUGCUGCCCUUCUCGAGGCCGCUGAAUACAUUGAACGUAGAGAAAGGGAGGCUGAACAUGGCUACGCGUCGACAAUGCCGAUACCUGACGAUAUUCGGACCGUUGUCAAGAGGACCAAGACAAAAAAAUCCCAGGGCAGCAGAACGACUCAUAACGAGCUGGAGAAAAAUAGGCGGGCCCAUCUACGGAACUGUCUGGAAAAGUUGAAAGUACUGGUCCCGCUAGGCCCCGAAACCUCGAGGCACACCACCCUAGGCCUUCUCACGAAAGCGAAACGGUUUAUCAAGAACCUUGAAGAACGGGAGCGAAAGCACGCCGUUCACAAGGAACAGUUGUCUCGGGAACACAGAUUUCUGAGACGGCGACUCGAGCAGCUGACGACGCUGCAACCGGGUCACCUGCACUCCCUUCGCCCUAACGGGCACCACGGGCACCACGGGCAUCACGGUCAUCACCAUGGCGUGACCUUAAGCUCUAGCGCCCCUUCGCCGAGCUCCACGUCCACGUCCAGCCUGCAGCUCUCGAAGAGGCGAAGCAUCUCCGAGUGCUCAGUCGGCACCGCUUCCUCUGCAAGCUCAACCGCAAGCUCAAGAAAUUCCGACAGGUCAGCGGGCAGCCCUUCGGUAUCGGAGUCCGACGAGGUUGAGGUCGACGUGAUCGGCUACACGAGCAACCAAUCGGACACAGAUGACCACAGCAGCGUCCAGAGCAGCAGCGACAGCGGCGUCGCCAUGUCAACCUCGAGGCUGACCCUCUCUGAAAUGAUGGACAAUCUCUAGAUAAAGAUUUUCGGAGGUGGCGGGCAUAGGAAGGGAGCUUUUGAAAAAGAACCGCAUUGAACGAAUGGGAAGUUUAUAAAAUGUACAUUGCACGAGGGAGCCGCGAAUUCGAAGAAAGGGAAAUACUAUAAGACGUGUUGAACGGUAAAUGAGAUGAACAUAUGACGCCGAGGGGCUAAGAAGCUAAGAGGAAUGGAUAAUCUAUAAAUGCCAUAUUCUCAACGGUAGGAAUGCUAGCUAAACAGGAAAAGUUGGAAAUACGGAAUUGGAUUACGCUGAAACGGAAAACUGAAACGCGUUGUAAUCGAAAGAAAGACGUCCAAACUUCUUCAAGAAUUAGAUGACGGUUAAACGAUAAAAAAAAAGCUCCCACUAUGCGGAUCGUGAGGUGUGACAAAACGAGCCCAUCUCACCACCAAAAUAAUCACGAUAUCACGACUGUUCAGCAGCCCACCAUUUCAUAUAGGACACGUGAAUCAAGAAUCAGUACCUUAUGUUAGUUAGACCUCUGUCAGGGGACAAGCUACAGCAAAGUUGGAGUUGAAAUUGAAGUAUCUGGCCGAGGGAAGGAGAGUCGUAAAACGAAAAAGAAGAAAAAAAUGAGGAGAAGGAUAAUGAUAAAGCAUAAGGAUAAGCCUAAGGAUAUGGUUAAAAAGAAGAAGAAGGAAAAAAGAAGGAGAGACAGAAUUAGAAUCAGAAGACGACGAAAAGUCAAAGUGUGAAGAAGGCGAUGAAUAAAAAAGAAAGAAUUGCGAAUGAAAGGAGAAGAAGCGAAUCAUGUUGCGAUGAGAACGUAACAAAAUAUUUAAAUUACAAAAAUUGAAACUACAAAUAACAUAGGAAUGAAAAGGAGAAAAUGAGAAAAAAAUAAGACACUUGUUAUUCCCAACGGAAAAACAGAGUUGGAGAAAUUCGAAUCCUGGCGCAAAAGAAGAGAAAGAAACAUGUAUGCAUUGGUAACCUCUGGCAGAAAUAAUGUGUAAAGUAUUGUCAAUAGAUAUGCCAAUGUGUAAAAUUAUUGUACACAUUUUUAUGGACGUGGUGAAAUGUUUCACAAUGAGAGAAAGGUGGAGAUAAUGAGAGAUUGAUUGAUUGCUCGCUCGAAUUAUUUGAGAGAUAGACAGAGAACCAUAGAGAAAGAAAGAAAUACGGUUAACAAGUAUGACUAAAUGACUAAUGUGACUUGGUGAGUAGGGUCGGAAUUUAAAAACUAUAAAAUAUGGAAUUACUUGAAUUAUUAAUUUUUCUUCCUAUUUUCGUUUCUUCUGGUCAUCUUUGUCACCAUUGAUCACCAUUUUCAAUUGUCGGUUGACAAAACUAUUACGUACUAACAAUAAAAAAAAAAAAAGAUUGAUGAAAAUAAUUAACGAGUCUUGCAAGAAACAAUUAUAACGAGAUGUUAUUGUCGCUGUUAUUAUUAUUUCCAUUCAUAUCAUUUUCAUAUUAUUGUGACAUUUGCUAUCACAAUUAUUCAUCAUUAUCACCGCCAUUAUCGCAUUAUAAAAUCGUUCUCGUCAUUAUUGCGAAUACCUCAUACUGUUAAACAAUUUUAUAAUGUCUAAGUCUUGCUCGAAGUAUUUUAUUUUAAACAAAGAAAAGUAAAAAAUUGAAAAUAAUUAUUCUAAUUUAUAUAUUACCGAAUUCGCGAGAUUAUUACAUUGUUUUUAUUUUUAGGUUUUUUUUUCUAUUGAGCGAUUAUAAUCGUAUAAGAUUAAUUUUAGAAAUUGAUCGAAUCGAGGCAUAUAUUAUAUACACUUACAAAUUAUAUAUGUAACGAAGUAUUUCAGCGGACAAUUUCUUCUUUUUGUUUAUAUAAUUUAAAAGAGCGUAAUUAUAUUCCUUAGCAUGCGAUAAGCUAAAGAGAUAUGCGACUGAAGGAACGAAGAGUUAGAUUGAAAAAUAUGGAAGACUGGGAGGUACACAUGAAAUUUGAACUUAUGAUGGUUUUAACUAAUUUUUAUUCCGCGGGAUUACUCAAAUCUCACCAGUCCCGAUUCAAAAUGGAUUUAACAAAAUGGAAAUGAAUAUUCGAUUAGCGGUAUUAUGAGACGACAACUCUAAUCAACUUACCGCCUAAGCAUAUCCAUGUAAUAUUCGUGAUAUUGAAGAAGUUACGCUUAAUCCGUUCUCAUUCCAAUGAUGAAUUUCUGUAUUCAAUUCAUCUGCAGACAUCAAGAUUUGUAAACGUAUAAUAUUUUCAAUAAAAUUACCUCCCUUAAUUUUUUUUUUCGGAUACAGCAUGAACCGUAAAAAACAUAAACAUAAUUUGGUUUUAUCGACAACUUUUUUUUUCCGCUUUUCUCUCGUCGGCGCGUAUCUGCCGUAAAUAUUUUUCAACAUCAGUUAAUCAGCGUAAUUUCAUACAUUUUACUUCAAGUUGUAACUUCCGAUCGUAAAAUUUGUCUUGAUUUUUUCCUCAUACUUUAAACUGGUUCUGAAUUUAUAGGGAAAUCGCGAAAAUUCGUAACUAAAAAUUUCAAGCGUCUUUGUAAGAGAAAAGUAAAAAUAAAGGGCCUUGGAAUUAUAGAGAUCAAUUGCAUAGAAUAUGUGAAAAAUGUGAAGAGGAGGGAUAAAUUAGCAAAAUAAAAAACUGCAAAAAAAAAAAAAAUAAAAAAAAAUAAAGAAAGAAAAACAAGAAAAAUUAAAUACAUGCAUCCAAUUAACCAGAACCAGAUGCAGCAAAGCAUCGAAUAAUGUAACAUGCAAACUAAAGCUUUAAAAACGAAUUCUGCCACCGAGGAAUUCAUUUUCAAAACGAUUCCGGUAAAAACAGAAAGAAAAAUUAAAAAUAAUCUGUGCAAUACAGAUGUUUGCUUGCAAUUCUUACGUAAGUAACGGACUGUUGAGUUAUUUCGGAUUGAUAUAUUGUCAGCCUGCCAAAGUUCCGGCUUCGAAGACUUUCAAAGUUUGACAAGCAACAGUUUGUCGAGGAAAAAAUAUUCGAGUCCAUGGUCAUUUCACAUCAUCUAUGCGAAUUUUUCGCGUUUCUUUAUUUUUUUGAUUAACAUUUCAAAUGAACAACGUUUUUUCUUACAAUUAGUCCCACUCUCAACGGCCAAGCGAGUGCAAUUUACGAGAAAAAAUAUCCACUUGCAAUAUCGCGGGAUAUCUCCUAUACCUAUUCAAAUAAUUAUUGUAUCAACAAUUAGUUUAUGGUAGAAACCUAUUGUUAGGGCAGUCAUAUUGGUUACAGCAAGUAAUAUCGGGACGCGGAAUUUUUAUAUGUACAAUGUGCAGCUUGUCGUAUUUAUCGCGGAGUCUAUGGUACGAAUGAUAAGCUUUCUUUUAAUGCCGUCUUUUUAGGGCUGUCGAAUCUCAUGUAAUUCUGAAUUUCACAAAGAGAAGAAGAAAAUCGCAAGCGAAACAUAACAGAAAUAAAAGAAUUACAAUUCGAAAAUAAUACUAUUGCGAUACAGAGCAGAUUGGACAGAUACCUUAUACAUAAAAGUGCUCGUUUUAAGAAUACCCCGUCUGUUAAUACGGUUCCAUAAAUUCUGUAUGGAAGCAACUGUCAAGGCGAAUGAGAAAAAACAGUAACAUGGUUGAGUCUAUCGUGAAUUAACGAUGAAAUCAAGGAAAAGUAAAUCAUCACCAUACUACCACAAAGGCACAGACACAAACACACAACAUACGUACACGCGAUCCACAAAAAGAAUAGAAUUGGAAAAUAGAAGUGAACGGAGGAAUAACCAAACUAAACAAAUGAAUCAUAGAAAAACGCCACGAAGAAAAUCCAAAAAAAAGGAAUAAAAAUACACGAAAUGAAUGAUAUAAUCGAAUAAAAUCACGACAGACGGAAGGGAAAAUAAUAAUAAUACUAUAGUAAAAAUAAUAAGUAGUAUAAUAAAUAAACAAAUAAUAAUAAAUGUCUAAACGAAUAAUUACCUAUAAUACAGAUGCACCUUAUCAGUUUUUUGGUCCAGUCGUCGGUGUAUGUCAUUUUGUUUCGAAUACACAUUAAUACCAAUAUUACUGUAGUAGAGAGAGAUGUGUGUACUAUUAGGGGAGCGCAUUCGCCUGGCGUACUAUACAUAUUAUAAUCAAUGUAAUUAUAAAUGUAUUAUAAAAAGUCUUUGUUUAAGAGACCACGCCAUGCCUACCUAUGCUAAUAAUUAAAUAAGAGAUUACAUCACAGGACUAAGUACAAAGUAAUGUAAUUUCCUUGCAGUAACUGUGAUGAAGAAUCAAAUAUUUACUGUUAAACGAAUCACAUUUAUGUCAUACUUGUAUAAUCUAUGAAUAUGGAACUACAGUAAAUUACUGCUCACCAAGGGGACAAAGAGAGGGAAAUAGGGACGGAGGGGUAGGGAGACGAUGAAGUAGCUCGCAUCUCAAAAAGAUUACGCGGAUUCAAAUGAGAGUUGAAUUUCUUUGGUGACCAGUAUGUAACCACUGUUCACGGUAUGAAUAAUGUGAAAUUGUUUAAAAGAUCUCAGGCCAGUCUGCUCCCCCGAAAAUGUGAUACUAAAAUUAAACUCUUCUGGAAGUUGCUUAAACGACGUGUAGGUACACGGGUACAAAAAAUUACGUGAAAGUAUAAGAGAGCAGAGCCAAUUUUCGAACGAUUGGCGGGUACAGCCGUACAAUUUACGCGACACCAAAAACGUAUGAUACUACAAAGUUUUGGUGCGGUGAACGAAAGGAAAAGAAACAUUAAUAACGAUACAAUAAUAAAAGAUAAAAAAAAAAAUCUUACAAACAUACGAAAACAAGUGGAAACGUCAAACUCCAGCCGUUAGUAUAAUAAAUAAGGUGUAAUCAGAGUAUGCGACAUUGGUUACUGCAAAGGAUCGACGUGUCAAACAAUUGUCGAUUAACACGCUAGAUAAUUUAUUCACAAAAAUCGAAUAGUUGAAAUAUAUUAUGUAACAAUUAUUAUAAGAGAUAUCAAAUUGGAUAUAAUCCAGCAACGAGAAACGACAGAUAUGACGUAGGGAUACGUGCAAAAAUUGUACGAACGAAAAGCAAAAAAGUAAAUGAAUAAAAAUUUCAGAAGAAAUGAUAAUAAUCGGUCCAUUUAACGUGUAAUGUAGAGACAAGUUUUGGCACCUGGAUCUUCACGAGCAACGCGGCCCAGUUUAAUAUUUAAGGAAUUCUAAGUAAUAUUUCAUUGGUAAUAGAAAAGAAAAUAGAAAACUGGAGACAAAAAAACAAAAAAAAUUAAUGAAAC